CUCUGCCAUUCUGAACUGCACAUGGGUGAAUAUCGUGUGGUUGGGAUUUUCUCGUUUAGAAUCUUAUUUGAUGUUGACUUCGAGGCUGUGGAGCAUGUGGCAUCUCCAAUCCUGGCAUCAAGGCCAGGAUCGGAUCAUCACCGUAUCUUUUCUUCAGAAAUACUAUACUGCAUUCCAGGUUCUGGUCAGAUCCAUAGACCAACUAGUAUGAAGUUAACUUGCUGUUUAGUUGCCUAACCCCAAGGGAGCAUUCACAAGUUCCUAUCUUAAUUGAGUCAGGAGCCGGCGACCGAUAUGGCCUCAAAUGCACAGCUUCUUGCUGUGAUCCUGCUACAUUUGUGCAUCACGUCGUCCUCCCUAUACCUCGGUCCAGCACUCCAGGAGCACGACUACCUCCGCUUUGCCGACGUCAAUCGCCAUUGCCAGUCCGUGCUCUCCUCGGCCACCGAGCUGGCCUACGAAGCCAGCCGUCCCUACCAAGUGAGGCACCAGCUAUCCUUCGAGAAGGGCGACUGGCUCCAGGAUGACGGCCAUGCGCCCCUCGUGCCGUUCGACGCCGGUGACGCGCCAAAGAAAGGUGCUCGCCUGCUGCCUGAACCCCUGUCCCUCGCAACGUUCGUUGUCACGCAUGUGGACGACGACCAAGAGCACCGUGCAAGGGCGGCCGUCAACAUCAGCGGGGUCCUCGUCCUUGUCCUCGCCAGGAAGAGCACCGCGCAGGAGUUCGGGCCGGGUAUGUCGGCCGUGUCGCCAGAGUUCAACCUUUCGGCCGGAAGCACCAGGCUCAAGAUUGUAUUUGAAGGCGUGUACACUGAGAGGGCAAAGAGCAAUGGGGGUGACGACGGCGAGCGAGUGCUGUGCAUGGUCGGGAGCGCUGUCCUACCCAAGCGCAGCGCCGGCGGCGUUGACCCUUGGGACUGGGCCAAGAACUCCGGCAGGGGCAGCCUCCAGCCGCCGGUUGCGGCGGACAACAACAUACUGCUGGUGUUACGGUACCCGAAGAAGCUGACACUGACAACCCGAGCGGUGUUGGGCACGAUGCGGAGCACGAGCAGGGCGUCGGAUGCGUCCUACUUUGACACCGUGCAGCUCAUGUCAGGGCUCAUCUCGUGCUGCACAUACCAUCACCGGCCCCAAGAGCUCGCGGCUGGGGCAGGCAGCACGCUCCCUUGGAGCGGCGCCGAUGAUGUCGUGUCCAGCCGUGCAAGGGACGUAUACAACGGAAGCUAUCCAUGCCUAGUCCUUAACCGCUAUGCUUAUGGACAAGUCAACACCGUGCUCCCCGGAUGGCAGUGCAACUCCACGGCAGCGACGAGCGGGCAGUGCCAUGGCGUCGGGCCGUUCGAUAUGGACCAUGCAGCAGACGCGGACGCGUUCGCUGGGGUUGGCAUCGUAAUGCAGGACCUCCAGUGCCAGGAGCAAUACGACAUGGCCGGCCCGACCGGCGUCGCGACGGUGUCGGUCGUGUUCCGCGCCCUGUCUCCAUGGGAGGACUGGAGCACGGCGAGGUCGAGCUCCGGGCUUAGCGGGAAGACACUGUCGGCCGAGGGAGCGUGGAACGCAUCGACGGCGCAGGCUUGCAUGGUAGCAUGCCGCGGCAUCGCCGACAAGAAGGCGUGCAACUUCCGGGUGUGCCUCUCCUUCCCGACGAUGAUGUCGAUCACCCGCCUCGACACCAUGCUGGGAGAGAUAACCGGCGUGGACGCAGCAGCCGGCGGAGUGGCACACCGGCCCCUCCUGUCGUUCCGGCAGCACAUGAGCCCGCCACGCCUCUGGGGCUACUAUCCCGACGAUGGCAUACCGCUGGUGUCAUACAAGUACAACUACACGAAGGUCAAUCAGGCCGGCGAGCUGCGUCGGAGGAGCGAAUUGCCAUCGGACUUCCGCAAGAUCGUUGCAAAGUCUCUGUCCCUGAGCUACCCCAAGAGAGAUGGCACUGGCAAUGACAGGAGGAGCCUGUCCAGCCUCGCCGACAGGCUGACUCUCUGUUUCAUGGCCGUGCCAGACCUGUUCCGGCAGGAAUGGAUUGAGCAUCCGAUCCUUCACUUGGAGGUCUUCUCCCUCGAGCAGGUCAUCGACCGCUAUUCGCCCCCGCAACACGGAGAUGGCCUACCGAGAAAAGAGCCUGGAACGGAGGGACGCUUAUUACUCAAUGUGUCGGCCGAGCUCACCAUUUUUAAGCAUCGUUGGCCUCAAAAAUCAGUGAUGUCGCUUGAAGGCGUGUACAAUCCAGACGACGGCCGGAUGCACCUGAUCGGCUGCCGAGAUGUCCGGCUCCCACGGCAAAACUCGUCGACGAGCAGAGACCUCGGACUGGAAGAAGGGAUGGACUGCUCCGUCGAGGUGAAAGUCGACUACCCUCCGACCACGCUGCACUUGUUCGUCAUGUCGACGGCGAAGGUGCAGAUAGCGAGCACGAGAACGGCCGUCGACCCGCUCCAUUUCAGGGCGGUGAAGCUCAGGGCUAUGCCCUCGUACCCGCAGCAGCAGCCCAGCGGGUUCUACCGAGGCGUCGUCAAUGGCGUGCUCUGCACUGUGCUGCUAUCAGCCACGAUCGCGGCCGUGCUCAGCCAGCUGCGCUACAUCAAGACGCACACCGACGUGGCGCCGUACAUCUCUCUGGUCAUGCUCAGCGUCCAGGCUCUCGGGUACGGCAUUCCACUGGUCACGGGCGUCGAGGCAAUCCUUGCGAGGGUCACCUUGAGCUCGUCCGGCGACGUCACCAACGCGGCGUCUUCCGGACGAACUCCCUACUACAUGUUUGACACGGGACGGCUGUGCGAGACCAUCGACCAGGCGGUGAAGGUCCUCACGCUCGGGGCGCUCGUCCUCACGGUGCGCCUUGGCCAGAAGGUGCGGGGGUCGAGGGCGCGCAUGGUGGAGCGGUCGCCGCUGGACCCGGCGCGCGUGCCGAGCGACGGCAGGGUGUUCGUCUACCACUGCGGCGUGCACCUGGUGCUCUUCGUGCUCAUCCUCGCGCUCAACAGGGAGGCCAUGACCGUCGAGCAGCAGGUGGCGCUGAUGCAGGACCUGUUCCUGCUCCCGCAGGCGAUUGGCAACGCCGUGUGGCGGGUCAACUGCAGGCCGCUCAAGGGGAGCUUCUACGUCGGCGUCACCUUCGUGCGCCUGCUGCCGCACGUGUAUGAAUACGGAGGGCCGCCGGCGGUUUUCAGGUCGCGCUCGGUCGAGGUCAAUGCCGGCAGUCAAGGGCGCCUCUUCGCCAAGGCCGGCGACAUGGUGAUACCGCUUGCCGCAGUCGCGCUCGCGCUCGUGGUGCACGCUCAGCAGCGAUGGAACUACGCGAUUGUUAGUAAGAUGCGCAAGUCGGAGCAGAAGAAGCGACACCACAUCUUCUAACUGAUUUCCUGUAGGAUGGGCAUUCUUACCGGGCCAACAGGUUUCAGAACCCUAUUGGGAGUGGCACCAUUUAGUUCAUCACUUAAUUUAUUGUUGGACUUAACUA